AUGACGACAGAGCUCGAGGCCAACAUCCAGCAGGCGCUGCCGAGCGCGCUCAAGAUGGCGCUGUACGCGUCCAAGAAGCAGCAGCUGGAGCUGCGCAAGCACACGAUUGAAGGCAUCGAGUCUCUGUGCAAUAAUGCCAAGUUCGUGAAGGAACUGAACGAGCAGGAGCUUCUGCAACAGCUGGACGGGACGGCCAAAGAGUUUGCGGUAUUGGAGACGCAGCUGACGCGGUAUAGAACGGAGCUGGAGAAGCUGGAUCCGCUCGUACAGAGUGGGAAACUAGACAAGAAGAAGAUGGACAAGAUGCUCAAGGACUCGCUGGCGACGCCGAAGGUCAAUGCGACGAAGCACGACUUUUACAAGAAGUUCUGCGACAGCGCAGGGAUUGAGCUCGCGAUGGACGAAAACGAUGACAUGGCCAUUCAGGAGAGUGAGAGCAGGAGGAGUACCAUCUGUCCAGUCACUCAGGGCGAGAUGGAGGAUCCACUACGAAACCCGAGUUGUGGUCACACGUACUCCAAGAAAGGCAUUCAAGCCCACUUGCAACGCAGCAAGAAGUGUCCUGUCGCAGGCUGUCCUCAGAAUCUGUCGCUCAACAAUUUGGAACGCGAUGUCGAGAUGGAGGUCAUUAUCGCACGCAGUCACCCCAUGUCAGAGCAACAACGGUCACAAGACUUUGCCGCGGUGGAUCAGGACGAAAAUGACGAAGAAGAAUAUCUCGUUGAGUAG